UUAGAGACGUCGUCACGUCUCGGCGAGCAAUGAGCUGAAGACCGCGCCAUGCCCAUCUCUCUCCAGAGUCUUCUCCCCUUCCUCCCACCCGAGAAACCUUUCCCCAUCGUCCCUUCUCCUCCCCAAACCUUGUCUCUGAACCGGAAUUGGACCUCCCAACCAGCGCGCACCCUCUCAAUCUCCGUAGAUGAUAGGGAUGCAGCGAUGAGGACCUGCUUCCCUGCGUUGGCGUGUGCGAACUUGCUCCAUUUCAAAUCGGGGUACUACAACGUGGAAGUGGCUGUCGGAGAGGAUGAGCCUGAGGAAGUCCUGUUGCGGAGGUUCCGCCGCGCGGUAAUGAAGACCGGGAUCAUCCGAGAGUUCCGCCGCCGCAUGUUCUUCGAGAACGCCCAGGCCAAGAAGAAGCGCAAGUCUCGCGAGGCCGUACUCAAGAAUCGCAACUGGUCUCACAAGCCAAAGUCUCCCUCAAGACGCAAGCAGAAGAAGUUACUGAGGAAGGCAUCAAUGAAGAAGUCAAAAGAAGAGGACGAAGAAGACAAUUGGGAACUUCCAGAAGGAGAACUUUCUUACUAAUUCAGUACAUAUUAGACACUGUCCUGUUGUUGAACUCUGUGCAUGUAGUCCACCGACGACAUCAAACUCUGAGAAAGACCACUACAUCGCCAUACUACUUGAAAGGUCAGGAAAAUUACUAUAUGCUGAAAUUUUGGCGCAACCAGGACAAGGAAAUCGAGCAAGAGUUCUUUGGUUCUUAAGCAUUCAGAACUGGUUAUAGAUUUGUAGAGUUUUCUGGUUUGAUGUAUAUAAUUCAGAAACACUCCAGGAUUCAUGCAAAUUAUAGAGCUCUUCAUGAUGAAAUUACUUGCUUGCCAUUUGGUCCUCCCAUUUGAUAUUA